GGCGGGGCCGGACGAGGAGGGGGGGUCGCGGGGUUCAGAGCAGAAGGAAGAAACUCGUUCGUGUUGUUCUGUCUCCCCUUACCUUCGCUUCGGACGGUGUGCCCCGGCUGCACUCGCCAUGGCCUAUCCUGGAUACGGAGGUGGGUAUGGAGGUUAUAGUGGUCAGAUGCCUGGGAUGCAGAUGCAAAUGGGACAGCCAAUGCCAGGAACAGUACCAAAUAUGCCUCAUGGUGGAUACUCUGGAUACUCUGGAUAUUCUGGUGGUUAUUCAGCAAGUGACCCUAUGUGGACUUACUUCACUGCUAUUGCUGGACAGGAUGGUGAAGUGGAUGCUGAAGAGCUUCAGAGAUGUUUAACGCAGUCUGGGAUUAGUGGAACCUAUUCUCCAUUCAGCUUGGAAACCUGCAGAAUUAUGAUCUCUAUGUUGGAUAGGGAUUUCACAGGAAAAAUGGGAUUUAAUGAAUUCAAGGAACUUUGGGCAGUUCUUAAUGCCUGGAAGCAGAACUUUAUGAUGAUUGACCAGGACCGAAGUGGGACGGUUGAACUUCAUGAACUGAGUCAAGUAAUUGCAGCUAUGGGUUAUAGGUUAAGUCCUCAGACGCUAACGGCCAUCGUAAAGCGUUAUAGCAAGAAUGGCAGAAUCUUCUUUGAUGAUUAUGUUGCUUGCUGCGUGAAGCUCAGAGCAUUGACAGAUUUCUUUAGGAGAAGAGACAGCAUGCAACAAGGUUUUGUAAACUUUGUAUAUGAUGAUUUUUUGCAGGGUACUAUGGCCAUAUGAGUGCCCAACUGAUAAAGAAUGUUGGGGGAGAGAGAGAAUCCUGUGAAUUCUUCUACUCAGAAAGAACUGUAACUGAACCUGUUGUGAACUCCAGCUCUUCUGGAUUUCUCUUUGUUCCUGCCUGUAUCUGUAUAACUGUUUUAAUCUUGGUGCACAGUUCAGAGCAAUAAACGUGGUUUUGUUUACGAUGUCAUAAUCUGAAAAAGCAUUACUGCAUAUUUUUUUAUCUGCAUACUUUAAAAUCCAGUGUUAUGAUUAAUGAAAAGUAAAUACCAAGCAUGAGACUAAUCUUUUUACCUUUACAUUCUUGGGUGAUUUUGGCUUUGGAAUAUAUUUAACCAGAAUGAUAAAUUGAAGAAUGGUUAGGUAAAAAGUCUAAAACUUGAAAAUAAACUUUUUCCUGUAGUUUAUAAACAUUAUGUAUAAACAGUAGGAAAUUAAUAAGAAGAAACUGGGUUUUUGUACCAAUGUUUGUUGUUCAUGUAAUUAGGAAGAAAAAACCUAAUUGUACCUAAAGGGGAAAAACAGAAGUAGUAGUUUGAUGAUGAUCAGUUGCCUGAGAGUUACCACAGUAUUUUCUUAUGUGAACCAGUAGACCUAAGAUUUUCUUUGCUGUUCUUUGCUAACAUAUUUUUCCAUCUGUUUCAUUUGUUUAUUUUAGUGACAAGCUUAUAAUUCACAGUUUUAUUUGACCUCUUUCAUUAGUGAAAGUAAAACCUGAAAACAUGAAGUUAAGGGAAUGUGGUUUACAUCCCAGUAUCUGUAAUGAAGGUACUUUGAAUGAAAAUGUCAACAUCUAUUAUUUACUGUAAGUUUUACAUGGUGCCAAAAUAAUGGUUGAAAAUUUAAAAGAAAUGAGCCAACUAGUUGCUUUGUUUAAACAGUAUUUUUUAAAAACAGCUUUGACUUAUUUGGUUGAAUUGCUUUGGCACCAGUCCAGCAACAAACAGCAGUGUGCUAGGCACUAUAAAAACUUAGAACUUCACUUAGAACUCCAUAUUAUUAUCAUGUUGCAAUAACUGAAUGAUUGACUCCUUUUGGCCUACCAUUAGUAGAUAAAUUAACUGUGGGGAAGUGUUUUAUUUUAUUUAGCCUGAUGUGGUGAUAAAAACAAAGGACCCUGUAGAAGUCAGGAGACCUGGAUUCUAGUCCCAUCACUACCAUUAGCUAGUCACCACUUCAGUGAGAACAGUUUCCUUAUUUAUAAACUGAAGGGCUUGAACUGUAAUACUUCUAUGGUCCCAUUUAUCUCUAAGCUUCUAGCCCUUUUACUUCAUAGACAUUUCCAAUUUUAUCUUAAACAUUUCAAGGAACUUGAAAAUAGAAAAAGAUUAAGUUAUAUAUUACUUGAAAACCUUCUGAAGGGUUAGUGGCGCUAUAUGACAGAGAAUAUAGUUAACAUGUGGUAUAUGAGCUAAGUGAUACGCAGUUUUUUCUCUAGUUUCCAAAAAGUAAUUUAACAUUUAAAGUUACAGUGGUUUAAGAGAAAUAACAAUUAUCCAUUUAAAGUGUGAGGGCAGAUGGCAGCAUAUUGAUAAAAACUUUCAUAGCACAAAUAGAAAUUUAAAUCAACAUUCACUUUUAUAAUUUCUGAAAAGCAAAGUAUAGCCAAUUUAACAUUGCUAGUCUACAGUUACUGGUUGCCUUUAAAUUUCAGUAAGUAAUAUGUAUAUUUUUAAACUUGAAUGUUUAAAGAGGACUUAUCUGGAAGCCAUGCACAGUCUUUAAAUUCUUUCUAUUCCCAUAAAUACCUUUCCCCUCUUAAAUACUGCCUACUCCCAUCAACUGUUCAGUCUGCUUUCAUAUGACAACAGUUUGUCAGUGUGGGAAGAAGUUGACAGAGCCAUAGUAAAAUAUGUAUUUUUGGUUUAGACUUUAUAGAAGAAUCAUAAGCUGUAGCUAACAGUAGAGGUAAGGACUAGAUCUUUUAUUGCCUUGGCAUAGGGAAAUCCCAGGAGAUGACACUCCCUGUACUAAUGCAGGUCUGCAACCUCUCAGCAACUGACAGUCUUAGAGAAUUGCCAAGGUGCAGAGAGGUAAGGUACUUGACCCGAUACUAUGUGUCAAUUAAGUAUCGAACCCAAGUGCCCAAGUGUUCCUGGCUUCAAGGCCCACUUACUGUUUACCAACCAAACCAGAGUUGCCAAACUUGGAACCUGUAAACUCUGUAGUGCUGCCUGAACCAGAUUAAAAUGUAAUUGGGAAAUGUUUACUAAAAUAAAUAAAAAUACAGUACGACAUAGAUAAUAUUAAUUGGUAGUUUUCUAAGUCAAUAUGUGCCCUUCAGGAAUCAUUUCUGUUUGAAUUUGACGCCACUGCAAUGUAUCAUGCUGCCGGUCUAUUAUAACUAACUGUUGUUGACAACUAAUUUGCUCAGUUUAAACAUCCUUUUUAUUGAGUUUGAUAAUUCUAUACUUCUCUUAUUUAAGAUGUGUACUCAAAGUCCCACUGCCUUUUGCACAUGGUGGUUAAAGGUUUGUUUUGAAGUUUUCGUGUAUUUUUAAUUUUUCUUGUAAAUUGCUAGAUAAUCAUAUUGCUUUUUACAUUAAAUAUUUUCACAAAAUAUUAAGCAUAAUUAUGAUUUUGCUCAGUAUUUUUGAUAUUAAAAUGCAACCAGCUCUUGAAGCUCUUUUUGUGUUAUAGUAAUUACGAUAAUAUCUAUAAAAUAUCUAAAUCAGUGACUUAAAAAUUUAGAUGUAUAUAGACUUUGGUGUGUGCUCAUGACUGGAUUAUAAGUGUGGUUGGUUGGUUGAUUUUGUGAAUUCAGUCAUAUUCUAAGUCUUCUUGUUAGUGUUGUAAAUUAUUGAGUAACUUACACUGUCAAUGUACAAGUGCUUUUAUUUGUACAGUAAACAAUGAUCCAAGUCAUCUUGAGAAUUUUUUUGUAGAAAUAAACAUCCAAAUAGCUUUCUGUAAAGUUUUGCAUUAUACAAAAUCUGUUAACAUACAUAUUAUGAGAUGUUACAGUUCAUAAAAACAGUGCAGUAGUUCACCUAGGUCUAAAAAACUGCCAGAUUAUAAAUAUCAGGCAUUGCAAUUCUAUGUUGUUAAGGUGGCAGCAUAUUUUCAGUUCCAACGAUAAGGAAGUGUGGAGCCAUCUUAAUGAGCAGCCUUAAUUUUGUCCAUCUUAAACUUAAUGCCAAGUAAUUGGAUUGUGCUCUUUUAAACUUCAUAAGCAUGCAUUCGGCAAGCAAAGUAGCAUAAAAUAAAAAAAAUGCAAUCAUGAAUUAUGAGUAUUUGCCACAUGUAUUUGUAUUUAGAAAAGGCAUUUUAUCCAUGAAGUAAAUGUAUGGGUUUCGUUGUGAUUUAUGCUUUAUGCAUCAUUUUAAAAAAAUACUAAAAUUCACUCUUGUGAUUUUUUCUCUAACUGAAAUAGGGAAAUCAAAUGAAAUGUAAUCUUGCAUGUUAUCGUCACUCAGAUUAACCAAACUUUAAUAAAUUACCUGUAAGAAACUAGA